CGCUUACAGAAGUAGCUAGCUCAUUUAUCGCUUGUGGGGGUGUGUCUUGUGAUAUACGCACCAUGAACUUCGCUUUCUUGUCUGCCUCCAAGCCUGUUGCAAUGCCUGUGUCAUCGAACUCCUCACAGAAGAAUGAGCCUUUGAUUGGAGUCAUCAAUGAAGGAACAGAAGAAGCUCGAUUUGUGGUCUAUAAAGCAGAGCAUACCAGAGAAAUUGUCUCGUACAGUGCACGAAUUACGCAGAUAUGUCCACAAGAAGGAUGGCUGGAACAUAACCCUAUAGAAAUAUUGCGUGCUGUUAAAGAAUGUAUCAGUUGUGGUGUUGAAAGUCUUGAAAAGCUGGGCUAUGGUGUCGAAGAUAUUGUCACAAUUGGAAUAUCUAACCAGCGGGAAACUACCAUUGCAUGGGAUGCAGUCACUGGAGAACCACUGUACAAUGCCAUUGUUUGGUCUGAUAUCCGUACUGACUCAACUGUUGACCACAUUUUGGCAAAAGUGCCAGAAAACAGCAAAAAUGCCUUGAUGCCCCUUUGUGGGCUUCCAAUUAGCCCUUACUUCAGUGCCCUUAAGAUGCGAUGGCUGAUUGAUAAUGUUUCUGCUGUGCGCAGAGCAGUCAGAGAACAGCGCUGUCGUUUUGGCACAGUGGAUUCAUGGCUUGUUUGGGUGCGUAUAAAUGAACAUCAAGCAAGGCAUGCAAGAUUUCAAAGAAUGUAUCUGAGAAGUAUGUGUGUUCCAAACUGGAAUACGUAUGAAGUACACUUUUGUUCUCUCCUCCUUGUCCUUCCUCCUCCCCCCUCCUCUUCCCUUUUGUGUGUGUGUGUGUGUGUGUGUGUGUGUGUGUGUGCGCGCGCGUGUGUGUGUAUGUGCGCACGUGUGUGUGUGGCCCUCAGAACGUCUAAUUAUGUCUUGUCACAAUGUAGGUAUUUCAACAUUCCUGCAAACUUGUUGCCAGAAAUUUGUAGUUCAUCUGAAAUAUAUGGUCACAUCACGGAAGAUCCUUUGAAGGGAAUCCCCAUAUCAGCGAUUCUGGGUAACCAACAAUCUUCACUUGUUGGCGAAAGGUGUUUUAAAGAAGGACAAGCUAAAAGCACAUGCCGUAAAGGAUGUUUCCUUGUCUACAACACUGGAUCAUCACGAGUGCAUUCCACCCAUGGCUUGGAGACUACAGUAGCAUACAAAUUGGGCAAGAAUGCGCCAGCAGUAUAUGCUCUGGAAGGCUCAGUAGCUGUAGCUGGCAGUGCAUUGAAGUGGCUGAAGAAUAACUUGAAUGUUGUGAAAGAAGUCAGUGAUGCAGAAACUGCAGCAGCAGAUGUUCCAUCUACAGGGGAUGUGUAUUUUGUCCCGGCAUUUUCUGGCCUGUAUGCCCCAUACUGGCGUAAAGAUGCACGAGGCAUUAUUUGUGGUCUAACUCAGUUUACAACCAAGAACCACAUAAUUCGUGCUGCACUGGAGGCAGUAUGCUUUCAAACAAGAGACAUUCUAGAAGCAAUGGCCAAGGACUGUGGUCACCAUCUCACUAAACUCAAAGUAGAUGGCAAGAUGGCAGAAAACAAACUGUUGAUGCAGCUACAGGCUGACUUGUGUGGAAUUCCUGUUGAACGAACGUCCACUUUAGUCAGAAUGGAAGCUCUAGGAGUAGCAAUGGCUGCAGGUCAAGCUGAAGGAAUUGGUGUUUGGGACUUGUAUAAGGAGCCUGAGACAGCUAUUACUCAUGAUGUAUUUAUUCCCACUACUACUCAUGAAGAGAGAGAUGCUCGAUAUAGCAAGUGGAAAAUGGCUGUGAAGAGGAGUCUUGGUUGGGCCACUACCAAAAAAUCUCUUGCAAUGACAGAUGAACGGUAUCGUCUUCUGUCCUCGAUACCACUCAGCUGGUUCCUCAUCUCAAGCUUCGGUGUCCUUGUGAUUUCCAGCAGAUUAGGAAGGUGACACCAAUGAGGAAUGUAGGACUGUAGCACUUCAAAUAGAAUGCUUCGUACGGUAUGUGAGUAAAUUGUUGUUUAAUUUAAAGAUGUAUAUAGAAGAAGUUCUGGCAAGAAGCAGUUUCAUGAUCUUGCAGAUAAGGCUUGUUACAUUAAUCUUAUGAAGACUUUGUUAUAAGUGUCUGAAAAAUUUAUUAUUAUCACUUUCAUGUUUUUAAAGUAACAGAAGUGUUUGCAGUAAUUGGUUACAUUACUGAAUAUGAGGGAUGCAUGAUUGUGUGAAUAACUUAUUAUUAAGCUAAUAUGGGUUAAUUAAACAUGAAUUAAUUAUAAAAGAAUUGGAAAUGUAUUCAUUAUUAAAAUAAUGAGUGGAAAGUUUCACACUGAAUAAUGUUGUAACUUGAAUGAAUGAGAGGUCGGCCUUUGGCCAAUUCACUGCAACCAUCAACAAUCUAUUGUGCAUUAUUAUUGUAACUUGGUAUUCAUCCAAUGUUAUGUCUAGGUAGUGCUGUUUUUGAAUAAACACAUUGACCAAUCUGUGCUGAAGCAAAUGCAGGGCAAGGUCAUAUGUAUUUCUAAAAUCCAAUUGAUUUCACAAAGAACUGCACAACUCAGGAAACAGUGGCGAGUUACUAAGAGUAAGGAACCAUACUUGUCUGUUAACAAAAUGGAAUAUGGUAGGUCAGUUUGAUUUGCUGACUGGUAUAAAUACCCCAGAAAACUGAUAGAUGUAUUACAGCGUUCCAUAUAUAAUGCCUCCUAUUUUUUUAAAAGAAAACUACAACAGAUACAGAAAGCAUAAUAAUGCAGUUAAA